AUGGCUUCCGCCGCGCUCGGCGUGUCGCCGAUGUCGACCGACGUCAACAUGAGAUGCACGAAACGCUUCAGCCGAUCCGACGAGCUGACACGACACUCGCGCAUUCACAACAACCCGAAUUCGAGAAGAGGGAAUAAGCAACAUGUCGCGGCAGCGGCGGCGGCGGCGGCAGCGAUCCAGAACGGCAUGCAGAAUGGUGUCUACGACAAUGCUACAAUGCAACAGCUCAACCAGCUCAGUCAAUUCGGCAACCAAAUGAAUCAGAUGAAUGGCAUGCAGCAGCACAACCAGCUCAAUCAAUUCGGCCAGAUGCCUUCGAACGGUAUUGGUCAGAUUAAUGGCCUGCCUAACCUCCAACAGCAACUCAGUCAGCAGAUGAAUCAGCAAAUGAACCAGAUGCCGGGCAUGAUGCCACCUCCGCCAAAGCACUCGAACUCUGCGCCUGGUUCGAAUGUGACUUCGCCGAACGUCUCACCUCCGCAUUCAUAUGCGACCUAUGCAAGCAAUCCUGGCUCCUACAUCACGCGAAAUGCCAGUGGCGACAUCAGUCCGGCUGCUGGCAACUUCCAACAGAGGCCGAUGGACAUUAACCUGCUGGCGACUGCAGCGUCUCAAGUCGAGCGCGAGAACAAUGCACACAUCCCGAACCAGCAUCUGUCUUUGCCCAACAGCAGAUAUGCGACGCCUUACCACAGCCAUCCGUAUGGCACUGGUCGCAUGCCAUCGCUCUCGUCUUACCACUAUUCUUCAAACCCGACUUCGCAGCCCAUGUCUCGCUCGCAUUCUCAGGAAGAAGAUGACCACUACGGACACCGAGUCGCGAAGAAGUCGAGGCCAGGAACCCCACAAUCGACUGCACCACCAUCUCCAGAAUUCCCGCACGAGUCUACAUCCCCCACACCGGACCACACUCCGCUCGCGACGCCUUCGCACUCUCCACGACUACGACCACAGUAUUUUCACAACGGCGUUCAGCUCCCCACUCUUCACGACUUGUCUCUGCAUAACCAGCCACCACCAGCGCUUGCGCCUGUCGAGCCGUCAGCUGACGGUCAUCAGCCGUACAUUCCGGCUCAGCAUAGCGGGCUGCGCAUCAGCGAGAUCAUGGAAGCGGGAGAUGGCGCACAAAGAAAGUUGCCCGUGCCCAUGGUCGCAUCAAAAGACAACAGUCAUGCCAAAAUCAACGAGCUUAGGGAGCCUGGUAGCGGCAUGAGCAGUGGUCAGAACAGUAGUCGAGCAAGCGAGGCGGGCGAUUUGCAGGAUCGCAUGUGA